AUGCGUGCAAAAUUGGCUGAUGCAAAAGUUACAGUAAAGACUCAACUGGCUGAGGCUCAAAGUGUGAUAAAAAAUGCUCAAAAGAAGUUCAUGGAAGCAGAGGAAAAUAUGAUGAAGAAUGGGAGGGAAACUACCCAAAAAGAUAGACUCUAUUGUGAAGGACAUUGUGCAACUCUAGAGGGGUGUCUAUCGGUCAAUUUAAACGUUAUAGAAGUUGGAAUACUUUUGGGUAUUCAUGGUAGAAUCCCUGUAAAAAAUCUGAAAAUAUGUCAUAAAAAAACUGAUAAACUGCACAAUUAUCUGGCCUCCCUAGGCUUUGGGUUCUGCACUCUUCUCGUGCUUAGGCAGAAUAAUAUACAGACAGCUCGUGAGCCCGUGCGGAUUAAGAAAAUAAUGAUUAUGGUCCCAAAUAUUUGCAAUUUUGUCUGUUCUAUUCAUGAAAAGCAAUAUUAUACUGUUAAUACGUUCUUUUUCAUGAAAAUAAUUCUGUUGUUCUGUGUCAAUUUUUGUAGGAAGGAUAGCUUCAUAACCCACAGAGCAUUCUGUGAUGCUUUAGCUGAAGAAACUGCAAGAAUCUCGGCAAACUCCAUACUCACCGCAGGGGCACCACCACCACUAUCAAACCCUAAUGGCCAACCUUUCCAUCUCCGCCCACAAAGUCCUCCUCCACCUUUAUACCUCUUCUCAGACCAACAGCGCCACCUCCAAAACCCACCACCCCAUAGCCCUCUAAACCCUUGGAACCCACCUCAAAACCCUAAUCCUAACCCUAGCCAAAACCAACUCCAUAUUAAACCUGAAACCACCCACAUUCCCGUGAUCUCUUUACCAUUUUAUCAAGAAUCUCACGAGAAUAUAAUGACGUCACCCUUCCAGAACUUCCACGUCAGCGUACAGUCAGCAACAUCCGCCAUUGCCAGCGUGGCAGCCAUCUCAGCCACUGCAUUGCUCCAAAAAGCAGCCACUAUAGGUGCACAUUCUGUUGGUCACGUGAGCUCUACCAUGACCCAGUCGGAUAUGAGCACUAUGAGGCAAGUGACCAUCACACCAGCCGAACCACCGGAAUACCUGGCAUUCGCAGCCGGAAAUCUUGCCACGUGGCAAAAAUGCGAUGGCUUGACUCGGGAUUUUUUGGGGUUGACUGGUGACCAGUGCGGUGGCGGUAGUGGUGGAGUGAAUGGGAGGGACUUGCUAUCGUUCGCUGGGGACGUAGAGUUCUCUACAUAUGACCACGAUCACACACUAUUGAAGCAUCAUGCCUUUGAACUUGCAGAACCCUAUAACUAAGAGGAAUAAUUCAUGUUCUUCAGACGCUAUAACACCAUAGCUACCAAUCUAUCGUAAUUAUCGAACUUGAAAUCGGCUUAGAGAUUAUCAGAAAAGGAGUCGCUGUUUCUGUUGAUGGUUGGAUUACGAAUUUCUAGUUUUUGGUUCAUGAGAAAAUAUGUAAUGACCUUUUUUUUUCCUCCUAGGGUACUGUUUUUAAUUUUAGAUGAUGUAAUAAAACCAAUAUUUUUAUGAACUUUGACUUUUAGUUUUGAA